AAAUAAAUUUUUAAUAUUAAAUUCUACAGCUUUACGCAAUUGUUCGAUGUCAUAACCGAAUCUAUAAAUAGUGUAAAAUGAUAUUAUGCAUAUGUUAUAAAAAAUACUAGCUUUUAUAAACUGUAUAUAAAUAUUACAAUUGUAUUUUAUUUUAACAAUGGUGAACAGCAUUGUACUAUGAAGAUUAUAUUCUUCAAUUUACUUUUGCUACCUUGCAUUUUGUCAUUGAAUGAUGAUUUAUUACAUUAUGUCAGUGAUGAUGUAUUAGGAGGAUCUUAUAAAUAUUAUAGUUUAAUGUACGAGGGUACUAUUAAAAUUCAACUAAUAUCACAAACUGGAGAUGCAGAUUUGUAUGCAUCGCAUACAACAACAAAACCAACUUAUGAACCAGACCAUUAUAAUUUACAAUCUACAACGUGUGGAGAAGAUAUUAUAGUUAUACCAGAUAGUUUCAAAAGGCCUGUUAGCAUAGGAGUGUAUGGACAUCCAUCGCAUGAAUUAAGUAAAUAUACUUUAUUGGUAUAUGAGGUUAUAAAAACGGAUGAAGAUACAACUUAUGAUCAGAAAACAGAAAAUAUUUACAAGGAUAGUGAUAGCAAAAAGAAAAAUCUACCAUUUUUAAUUACUUUAUUGAGAUCUAUUGGGGACGUAUUAUUUGAAAUACUUCUUUAA